UUUCAGCCAAUUACAGCACGGACUGAUGACGCCAGCUCGCCUCAGUCAUCCAAUGGGCUGGUUUAUCGGGGAGCAAAAACCCUAAACUGUUUAGGGUCGGAAAAAUGGGAAGAAAAAGAAAAGGUUGUGAGACCAGUCUGGUCUGGAGGCUGCUGGAUCUCAGGCCCGAAGGAGAUAGCUGAUGUUCACUUCAUGUUUUGCUGAAGAACGGAGGAAAAAAUCUCUUUUAUUUUACACCGGAAAAUGACUUGUAUGAAGACAAAAUGAGGAUGCUUUGAUUGUUUUCCAGCAACUUUUUAUCUCCACAAAGAACAAACAUAAUACUAGGGUUUUGUGAGUCAUGGGGAGCUUCAAGGGCCAUGCACUCCCCGGGAGCUUCUUCCUGGUAGCUGGGAUCUGGUGGGCAGGAAAGUACUCGCUCUGGCACACAACCCGCAGGAACAAGAACAUAGGUUCCACUCGACUGGCCAGCAGAGCCUCACAGCGCCGCCUGGAGAUCAUCGAAAGCUCUGUCAUCCUCUUCUUCUCUUUUGUUGGGAUGCUGGCAGAGCAGUUUGCUGCCAAUGGACCGAGGCUGCAGUUGUAUGACUUUGCAGAGAAACACUGGGAACAUCUGAUGAACUGGCAACAUGCCACCAUGUACCUAUUCUUUGGCUUGGCUGGGACUGUGUCUCUGAUUAUCCACACCACAGAGGCUGCCCCACUGGCACUGGAUAGGUUAAUGCUGGCCAUUGCUUUUUUUAAUGAAGGUAAAAAAAUAAAUUAAAAAAAAGGACAUUUUUGUUUUCCAGUC